AUGGCGCUCAUAUCAGCAAAGACGAUCCUGACCUCGCUAUGUCUCUUUCACAUAACCCUGGCCUAUUUCUUCUUUACGAACCCACGCUCCAUCGCUGACCAGGCAAUGGUGUAUCUGCUGGGUGAAGCCAUGGGCAUGCCCACGACAACAGCUUUCAACACGCCUACACCUUCGACCUCCCUCCUCGGUCUCGUGCUCCUGAUCCUUGGCCUCUCCGACAUGCUCUCGCUGUCCCUCCCCCAGGAGAUCUGGCUCGUCCACCACUGGUCUUCGCAAGCCCCUCUCCGCGUUUUCCUCUUCACCUCACUCGCCGUCGUCACUUUCCUCACAACACCCAAGGGAAAGAGGUCGGGCGGCCGCAUGUCCCAUCCCAUCGCCCUGUCUGGAAUCGGUCAGGGCGGCGGCUGGGAUGGGCUCCGCAAUCGCGUCUUCUUCACCUUGGCCUUUGUAGAGAUGAUGGCCUGGUUCUGGGUCUGGGUUACACUUCAGGAGGAAAAGAAGGCUUUCAUGAACAAGAAAAGGAGAAGAAGUUCCGGUGCUUCGCGAGGAAUCCAGUCCUAA